AUGUAUGACAUCACCAAUGAGGAGUCCUUUAACGCUGUGCAGGACUGGUAAGUGAUUGCUCAGGAAUGUGGUGUGGUCAUGUGACCAUAUGGCAAAUAGUAGUACAACAGUGGACAAAAAUAGACCAGUGUUCCUUGAUACAGUACAGGCCUGACUGGAGGAGGUCCAAAUGGCGCCAAAGGUUUGUUGACCUUUUCUUCAGAAAGACUGAAGAAGUGAUAAGAAUUUGGUGACCUUUUCUAAAUAAAGACCACUGGACUUGAGACACAUACACUGUCUAAACAGGUAACUGCCCAAAUAAAGGAAACACUUGAGUAAAUGAGGGAUACAAAGUAUAUUGAAAGCAGGUGCUUCCACACAGGUGUGGUUCCUGAGUUAAUAAAGCAAUUGUAUAAAAAUGCUGGGCAGACCAUUAUUUUGGCCAUUGUUUUGGCUACCAUGGCUAUGCCCCCAUAGGAUGACAAUGCCCCCAUCCACAGGGCACGAGUGGUCACUGAACAGUUUCAUGAGCAUGAAAACAAUAUCUAAGCCAUAUGCCUAGGCCGUCUCAUUCACCAGAUCUCAACCCAACUGAACAUUUAUGGGAGAGUCUAGAGUGGCGCCUGAGACAGCGUUUUCCACCACCAUCAACAAAACGCAAAAUUAUGGAAUUUCUCGUGGAAGAAUGGUGUCGCAUGCCUCCAACAGUGUUCCAGACACUUGUAGAAUCUAUGCCAAGGUGCAUUGAAGCUGUUCUGGCUCGUGGUGGCCCAACACCCCCUAGACACUAUGUUGGUGUUUCCUUUAUUUUUUGCAGUUAACUGUAUAGUUCUAGUUAGUUUGAGAUUCAGGAUUGUGACAGGGACCAUGUUGACACCAAACAGCAUUUUCCACUCCUAAUCACUGUCCUCAAUCACUAACCAAUGAAAUUACACUAACAUGCUGAUUACACUGGCCACGCGCACCACAUGAAACAUUCAUGGACAUUUAGCUAGCUAGUUGUUGCUAACUAGUUUUACCUGGGAGAUGAACAUUGAGUUGUUAUUUUACCAGACAUGCAUAUGGUCCUCUUUUUAGCUGGUUCUUUGUAUACUGAACAAAAAUAUAAACGCAACAUGCAACAAUUUCAACGAUUUUACUGAGUUACAGUUCAUAUAAGGAAAUCAGUCAAUUGAAAUAAAUUCAUUAGGCCCUAAUCUGUGGAUUUCACAUGACUGGGCAGGGGUGCAUAGGCCCACCCACUGGGGAGCCAGGCCCAGCCAAUCAGAAUUAGUUUUUUCCACAAAAGGGCUUUAUUACAGACAGAAAUACUCCUCAGUUUCAUCAGCUGUCCGGGUGGCUGGCCUCAGAUGAUCCCGCAGGUGAAGAAGCUGGAUGUGGAGGUCCUGGGCUGGCAUGGUUACACGUGGUCUGCGGUUGUGAGGCUGGUUGGACAUACUGCCAAAUUCUCUAAAACAACGUUGGAGGCGGAUUAUGGUAGAGACAUUAAUAUUCAAUGUUCUGACAACAACUCUGGUGGACAUUCCUGCAAUCAGCAUGCCAACUGCACGCUCCCUCAAAACUUGAGACAUCUGUGGCAUUAUGUUAUGUGACAAAACUGCAUAUUUUAGAGUGGCCUUUUAUUGUCCCUAGCACAAGGUGCACCUCUGUAAUGAUCUUGCAGUUUAAUCAGCUUCUUGAUAUGUCACACCUGUCAGGUGGAUGGAUUAUCGUGGCAAAGGAGAAAUGCUCACUAACAGGGAUGUAAACAAAUGUGUGCGCAAAAGUAGAGGGAAAUAAGCUUUUUGUGCGUAUGGAACAUUUCUGGGAUGUUAUAUUUCAGCUCAUGAAACGUGGGUCCAACACUUUACAUGUUGCGUUUAUAUUUUUGUUCAGUAUUGAAUUUUGACCCGGAGUGAUACAGAAUCGUGUGUUUCUCUACUCCGACGAUUAAUCCACAGGUAAAAAGGGAAACCUAGUUCGUUUUUAGUUAUCUUUAAUUAAUCUCUCCUCGUUUGUCUUUCAAGCGUAUAAGUGGGUUUGUAUCUUCCUGAUAUCCAAUAAGGAGGGGACUUGCAGAGCGUGGAGCGUCUCAAAUAAAUCCAAGUUCUAUUUAACGCUUGGCUAAGCAGACACUCAUUCACGUGGGUGAAAUGAUUAAAUAACAUGUAUGUGUACAUUUAUUUUGCAAUGCUUGCGCACACAAUGUGGCCGGUGAAGUUUGUGUGUAACCAAAUACUAUUACUCACAAUAACCCCAAAUAAACGUUGGAUCUUAUCGCAAGCUGCAGGAUUCCAAACUCAUUUUAGAUAACCCUUGAAUGUUGGAUAAGUGCAGUGAAAAUGUCACCUAAGCUUUCUAUGGCUCUUCAGGGGACCAUAUUUCUGCAGUCUGCACACUGCAAUCUAUGCUUUUAAUAAGAGUGGUGUAUUGAAACAAUGUUUCGACCCUCAGAUCAUCAUUGUGUCUCUUUGACCUCAAGCACCUGCUCAAAACCACUGGAUGUGUGUGUGUAAUCUUUUCCUAUACUGAACCUUUCUGUAUGGCGUCCAUAGGUCGACCCAGAUUAAGACGUACUCGUGGGACAACGCCCAGGUCCUGCUGGUAGGCAACAAGUGUGACAUGGAGGACGAGAGGGUGGUGGCAGGAGACAGGGGCAGGCAGCUUUCUGAACACCUGGGUGAGUUCAAGUCACACAACACUAACUCACAGUGCCCACCAUAACUACAUGAACUAUACAAUUCAAUGAUACUGGUGAUGUUAAUGGUACUUCUUAUCUGAUGAUUUGAUUUUAUCAUCUGAGUUGUCAGCUCAACAAUAACAUGUAUAAUUUGGUUGCAAUCGCUUCAUAGAAGUUCUUAUCCAGAGUGAAUGUGAUCACGAGGCGGAACAGCAGCAUAAGCAAAUAAUAAAAUAAUUGUGCAAAUUGGCUGUUGAACACAGAUCCCACCACUACCACCGAAAAUCAUACAGGAUUGACAAAACACAAAGUUUGCUCACAUUAGCUUCAGAAGCCAAUGGGCAAGAUUACUGAUCACGUAUGGCUAGUUUUGCAAACUACUGCCACCACAUUUAAAUCCAAUACCAUUCUGACACCCUGUUCCAGGGUUCGAGUUCUUUGAGGCCAGUGCCAAGGACAACAUCAAUGUGAAACAGACAUUCGAGCGGCUGGUGGACAUAAUCUGCGAAAAGAUGUCUGAGAGCUUGGAUGCCGCCGACCCAGCAGUUACAGGGGCUAAACAGGGGCCCCAGCUCACCGAGCAGCCCGCACCCCCCCACCAGGACUGUGCAUGCUAA